UUCUCACUAAUCUCUCCCCCACAACUUAAUGGUUAACAAAUAACAAUUCAUAACUAUCCCAUUCCGUACGCUCACUCUAGGGUUUCGCUAGGGUUUCUUAAAUCCCCUCUCUCCUCCUCCGAGGGUUUUGGUGCUCUUUUCCCUUGCAAUCACGGUGAGAUUAGGGGUUGUUUAGGGGUUUCUUUUGAGCUAUUUCACAUUAGGGUUCAUACUGGAACAAUGAGAAGUUUAAUCCUAGGUUUUUGAUCGGAUUUGAGGAAUACCCGAUUCAUAUUACCUUCCCUAAGACGGUUUUGUGCAGUGUUUAUUGGGUAUUUGUCACAAUUUGUUUUGGAUUUGAUAACUCUGUUAGCUCCUGUAAAGGGUUUUUGUUGUAGUUGUUGUUGUUGUUGUUGGAUUGGAUGCUUUGUAAUUGAAGGAAGAUUAGUUUUGAGGAGAGAGGAGUGGAAAUUGCUUACAUAGAUGGUGGUCUCGGCCCUGGCAUGGAGAGAGGUGAGCCGGCUUUUAAGCCGGAGUGGUUGAAAUCGCCGAACGGGGUUUUAACCGGCAAUGGCAGAUCGAAUCGGCAUGCUGGUACUUGUUCUAAUUCCGAUGAAUUUGGUUUAGGGGUUUACUCUAGAAACCAGUUGUCGGUAGUAGACCGCGAGAGAAAUUUGUCGUCUUCCUCGUGGAGGAGCACGAGUUCGAACGGUUUGAGGAGUCACGAAAAGGAUAUUGCGGGGAAAUUGCAUGGUUAUAGUAGCUUUGGUAGGAGUAAUAGGGAAAGAGAUCGGGACAGGGACUUUGAUUUGCUGGAUAGGUCGGCCUGCAAUGGUUUUCACGACCAUUCAGAAUCUUUUCUUUCAAGUCAGUCUGAAAAUGAUAUAUUGCGGCAAUCUCGCUCUGUCGUGUCAGGGGAAGGACCAGGGAGUAAUUCCAUUAAUGGUGUACAUUCUAAGGAUAGUAUAGUUGGUGCCUCCUUUGAAAAAGAGUUCCCAACCCUUGGAUCUGAGGAGAAAAAUCGACGACAGGAUGUAGGCUGGGUUCCGUCUCCGGGUGGUAACACCCCUAUUCAAAGCAUUUCUUUAGGUCUUGAAAGUCGGGAUAGUGCAGUGGCCACAAUUCCUACUACUACUGGAGCUAAUGGAUUAGGAUUUUCUUCUAUAUCAAGAGCUGCUUCCGUUAGCCAGGUUGCUGCACCCGUAAUUGCGUCAACAGGCUUAAGCACGAAUACAGGAUUAAACAUGGCUGAAACAGUGGCACAAGCUCCUUCACGGGCUCGCACUCCGCCGCAGUUAUCUAGUGAUAUUCAGAGGAGUGAGAAGCUGACUCGUAGACAAUGUGAGCAACUGAGGCCUGUAAUGCCUUCAACGCCUAGAACCUCGGUAUCAAACUUGUCUGAUAAAUCAAGAAACAAAGUAUCAAGAAGUGGAGAUUCCAGCACGGCUCCUAAAACUGAACAAAAGUUUUCUCAGCAUGUUACCUGUCUGCAUACUCCACUUAAGUCAGAUUUUGCCAGGCCAUCUCAAGUUGGGAGUUUUCUAGUUCUAAACCGUGAGAGAAAUGGCCUUUCUCCUACCACCAAAGGUAAUUCGAAUAUUAGCAAAGCUGCCAGUCCUGUUGGUCUAGCCGCAUCUGCUUCUUUGAACAGCCCAAAUCUCCAAAAGCCGAAAGCUGAUAGCAAAGUUACUAUUACGUUUUCACCCCAAGGCUCAUUCGGUGAAAGGAGAUCACACUUGCAAGCAAAGGAUAGGCUCGAGUUCUUCAACUCCAUACGGAAUAAAACCGUAAACAGUUCUAGUGGUAUGCCCGAACCGGGCUCUGUUUCGAACCUGUCCAGCUUCGUGGAUUCAAGAGAGCAGGCUGUUAAUAAUAAAAAGGAUGGUAUUGCUGAUUGUGAAUUGAAAUGUUCCGAGAAUGGAAAAUGUGUUUGUGAAGACAAAGAUGCUUGUGAGGAAUCUGAGAGGCUUUUACAUGUUAAUGAAGAUGCCAAUGCAAUUUCAGAACCCGUCGACCCAGAAGAAGAAGCCUUUCUAAGAUCACUCGGCUGGGAUCAAAAUGCAGCAGUGGACGUUCUGACAAAGGAGGAGAUCGAGGCUUUUAAUAUUAAGGUGGUAGACUGCAGACUAUGUUGAAGGACCUAGUUAUUACACGGAAGAAAUUUCAUCAGCUAAGCUAUUAAAUGGGAAAAAAAGGAAAAUCUGAGAAUGUAGUUGUAAUCAGGAUCAAACUUCCGGGGCUAAAUCUAUGAGAUACUACCUUUUCUUAUAGUUUUGUGUUCUUAGAGAAGGAUAGUUUUGCUUGCGCUUACACAAUGGUGACUUCUUUUACCCAUCUUCUUUGUAGUACAAGGAGCGCAAGCAACCUUUAAAGCUGUCCCAUUAGAAGAUUCAAUCUGUAACUGGUGUUACUGGUGUUACAGCGGAGACCUCUGCCAUCCGUUUAACUGGUAUUUGAUGAAAGUUAGACUGAGCACAUCUGACAUCGAACUCGAAGCAUGAGAAGUUUUGUUGAAUUAUAUCUCAGAUUUUAGGCCUUAGAAAUUUAUUCCACUAGCCUGGUAGUAUUUUUCGCUUGGUUACUUUCUUUUUAAAUUUCUUGUUGAAAAAAAAAGGAGGGUUUUAGUUUUUCUUUUUUUUUUUCCCUAUACUUUUUUUUUAUUUCCCUUUGCUGUUAAAGGAAA